ACAGCCGUUGAGUUUUGCCGGGAGUUGGUAUCUGAGCUAAAUUCUUGGCAGUUUGUGCUAUUUGAGCUCUAGCCCAGUGAGUUUAUCUCUGCCUCCCUCCGGCUGCAAGUUUCACUUUCUGUUGAUGUGUGUUUCCUGGAAGCUAGUCCAGUUCUCGGAACUCUAGAUGGGCUGGCACUGAAACAGUGAGCAGUCUUCCCGGUUAAAUACAGCGACCGGGUGAUCACUGCAGACACUGAGAUCUCUCUCUCCGACUUCAGAGGCUGCAGGAACAACAGAUUCCACCCUCGAUCCUCUCCUGAGCAGCGAGAAAGUUCGACUUGUUUCAGAGGUGUCGGAGGGCUGUUUGCAAUGGACUGCGACGAUGCAAUGAAGGAGCCAGUCUACCUCCUGGAGCUUUCUCCUUCGGGCUCCCUGAACCUCAAUCCGAAGGCCAUAGAGCUGCUGUCUGCCAUUACCCAGCCUGUCCUGGUGGUGGCGAUAUUGGGGCCCCCCAACACUGGCAAAUCCUACCUCAUGAACAGACUGGCCAAUCGCAGCAAAGGAUUCCCGCUGAGAUCUGGGAAGAGGCCUCCUGGCUGGAGAACAUGGAUAUGGUGUCUCCCUCACCCUACCCGCAAGGAGGAGCGCCUGGUUAUUCUGGACUUUGAUGGAUUGGAAGGAGAGGGAAAUGAGGAGACACAAACCAAGACAUUUGCCCUGGCUUUGAUCCUCAGCAGCAUCUUCAUCUACAACAGCAAAGGCACUGUUGACCAGAAUGCUCUGGAUAAACUGAGCUACAUCACCAAGCUCCCCAGGUACGUUCAGGGAGGUGCAGAUGACAGUCAGGGGGCCAUAUGUCCAGAGUUUCUCUGGUGUGUGCGGGACUCAGAGCUGGAACUUUGGAUUGGUGACUUCAGGCUGGUUGCAGAUGACUAUCUGAAUGACGUUCUCGUCACCAGCCAAGGUUCCGGUGGCGACUGUUCGGUCAGCCAUUUCCUGAAGCAGCGUUUCCACGAGAAGAGAUGCUUCGAGUUCAGCCACCCGUGUCCCGAGGCCGAAGCUCAGAGGCUGGACGAGGUUCUGGAGGGGCAGCUGGACCGCGAUUUCCAGAUGCAGACGGAGAGGCUGAGGGAGCACAUACUGGAUGCUCGAGCCAAGGGCCUGGCCGGAGGCCAUCUGGUCAAUGGACAGACAUUGGCGAGGAUGAUUGAAGCCUGCAUGAGCCGCCUGUGCCAGGGCCGUACCAUCGUCCUGGACGAGCUAUAUGACGCCAAACCACGUCUGGUGCCGCGGAUGGAAGAGACGGCCAGGAAAGGGCCAUGCCAAACCAAGACAGAAAGGAUUGUUCCUCUCGCAAAGCCAAGUGAAGACGGUGCCCCGUGGAACAUGGAGAAUCCCGUGUGUUUGAUCGAGAACAGUGAGUCUGGUGAACUCUGCAUCAACCAAAAGGCUGUGGACGAUAUCCUGUCGAAGAUCAGGCAGCCCGUUGUGGUGGUGGCGAUCGCUGGUCUGUACCGUACCGGCAAAUCCUACCUCAUGAACAAACUCGCUGACAGACAGAAAGGUUUCUCGUUGGGAUCCACCAUCCAGUCCCACACGAAAGGCAUCUGGAUGAUGUGUGUGCCUCACCCACACAAGCACAAUCACUGCCUCAUCUUAUUGGAUACUGAAGGCCUAGGAGAUGUGGAGAAGGGCAAUACAAACAAUGAUUCCUGGAUCUUUGCACUCUCUGUGCUCCUGAGUAGUAUGUUGGUCUACAACAGCGUUGGCACCAUUGAUCAGUACGCAGUCGACAAGCUUCAUUACGUCACAGAACUGAGCAACCUCAUCAAAGUGAAAUCGGCGGGAGGGGAGGACGAGUCCAUAGAAUUCACUCGCUUCUUCCCGGCCUUUGUCUGGUCCGUGCGGGAUUUCAGCCUGGAGUUGAAGUUGGAUGGCAAGAAGGUGACGGAGGAUGGGUACCUGGAGAGCGCUCUCAAGCUGAAGCACGGCACCAGUAAAAAUAUCCAGGAAUACAACCUGCCGAGAGAGUGCAUCAGGAAUUACUUCCCCAGUCGCAAGUGUUUUGUGUUUGACAGACCGGCCGAUAAGCAGACAAUGUGGAACCUGGAGCAGGUUGCAGAUUCCCAGCUGGAUCCUGAGUUUGUGAAACAGACCCAGAAAUUUGUUCAGUAUGUUUACAGCACGGCCCAGACCAAGACAUUGAAAGGAGGGCAACCAGUGACUGGCAGGAUGCUGGGAUCCCUCGCUGUCACCUAUGUGGACGCAAUCCGGAGCGGGCAGAUCCCAUGCCUUGAGAGUGCGGUCCACACACUGGCAGACAUUGAGAACACGGCUGCUGUACAAGAGGCCGCUCAGGCCUACCAGGAAUGGAUGGGAAAACGGGUCACUCUCCCAACGAAGACGGUGGAGGAGCUAUCGAAGAUCCACAACCAGGUUCUCCCUGAGGCCCUGAAGCUGUUCAUGGGGCGCUGCUUCAGUGACCAAGGCCACAGGUACCAGGAGCAGUUUACGAAAGAAGUGGCUAAAAUGUACGCAGCCAUUUGUGAGAAGAACAGAAAAUUGUCUGUGGACAUCUCGAGCAGAGCCAUCUUGGAUCUGGGAGCUGUGGUACAGGAGAAGAUCCGAAAAGGAUCUUAUAUGAGGUCAGGAGGAUACUCCGAGUAUGAGAAGGACAUAGCCAAGCUGGUGAAACGAUACCGGGCAACACCGGGGAAAGGAGUCCAGGCUGAUCAGGUUCUUCAGGAUUUCCUGGGAAAGAAGCAGCAGCUCUCGGAUUCCAUCCGAAAUGCCGAUAAGAGUAUGACGGCUUCAGAAAGGAAGAUCAAAGCUGCACGGGAGAGGGCGGAAGUGGCAGAGCAGGAGCGGAAAGUAAAGGAAGAGGAGAGACGUGCCACUGAGCAGCGUCUGUUAGACGAGAGGCGGGCGAUGGAGGCGAAUAUCGCUCAGUUGAAAGAGAAAGCGAAGGAAGAACAGGCUCAACUGCUCAAGGAACACGAGAAAGUCCUGAACCAGAGACUCCAGGAGCAGGAGAAGCUGGUAAAGGAAGGAUUCCAGGGCCGUGCAGAUGAACUGCAGCAAGAGAUCGACUCUCUGAGAAAGGAGAAGGAAGAGGCAGCGUCCCCUUCCUUUGUGGAUCUGGCUAUUGACACAGCCAUUCUAGCAGCACCUGGCUUUUACAAAGCUAUCCCAAUCACUGCCAAAGUAGGGAAAUAUCUGUGGAACAAGUUCUUCUGAGUGUUAUCUGUGCCAGCUACAAACAAACCCCCAGCCCCCAACCCCACAGAUCAGUGGAAUGAAGGCCACUCUGCAUGGUGCAACCGAACGAUAGCAGAGAUUAGAGAGGGAGAGUGGCCGUCACUGCCUUGUCCAUGCUGGGAAAAUGAAGGCUUCUCAGGGAGGUGAAGUUAAAGAUCAUGGUGAAGGGGCAAAGUCCAUUAUGAAUACCCCAUAAAACCACUCAGCAAGGAACUGUUUUAUUUAUAAGACAGUGCUGUCGGAAACUUCUGUUCCCCUCAUCCUGUCAUGUUUGAAAGCCUGUGAGACCUGGGUGGACGUGGGAUGUGGGCUUUCAACAGGUCUUGGUGAUUCCAGCCCUGAGGGUGCAGCUCAGAAUCAGUCCUGUUUGUGGCUUGGCUCCCUCUUUAGCGACUGGGAUCUUGUUCUGAGCUCUCUCUCUGUUUUAGAAGCUGCUGCCUCUCUCUCUCUAUCUCUCUCUCUCUCUGUUUUAGAAGCUGCUGCCUCUCUCUAUCUAUCUCUCUCUCUCUGUUUUAGAAGCUGCUGUCUCUCUCUGUCUCUGUUUGAAGAGCUGCUUGUUUCUCUCUCUGUCUCAGUUUUAGAACCUUCUCUCUCACUCACUCUCUCUCUCUGUCUCUGUUUUAGAAGCUGCUCUCUCUCUCUUCCCCCCACCACCCCCACAUCUCUGUUUUAGCUGCUGUCCCUCUCCAUCUCUCUCUGGUUUAGAAGUUGCUGUCUCUGUUUUAGAAGCUGCUUUCUCUCUGUCUCUCUCUUUCUGUUUUAAAAAGCGAUUGAACACUGUUUCGUCAGUCUCUUUCCUCUGCACAUAACCUCAGUGUUUGCUGUGCUCUGCUCUGUGUGUGUGUGUGCGUGUGUGUAUGUAGAGUUUAUGAACGGGUUUGAGUUUCAGCUGCGAUAAUUAUGGUUUAAUUGUGUAUAACUUUCUCAGUGAUUGGGACUGAUUUAGUUUUAAUAAUAAAUGAUACGUUGUGUCACA